GACGUACGAAACGCAAUCAUGAGCCGAAUGAGAUAGACGAAAAUAAUGAAACGAAUGUAAAAAGUCAGACAUUUCCAUUUCCAUUAUUUAACGUUAACAGCAAUGAAGAGAACUAUAGCCGCUACUUAAACAGCUCAAAUUUUGUGAAGAAAUUCUUGGAAAUAUUGUUAACACAGAACGUUUCAGGCAGUGUGUUACCUCAAUUUCAGUCUACAGAAAUGUUAUGAAAAAAAUGGACACAAAUAUCCUCGAUGUCCAUGAUCAAUUGGAAGAAAUAUUGAAGUCGUCAGUCACCGAACUUAAACGCAAUGAUCAAGCUACUGCCGAUACUGCCACACAUACCGUCAUAAAACAGACGAAUUCCAGGAACAGUGACAUUUCGCCUUCCCAUGAGAAUGAGUCUUUGCCGACGAUUCUCUAUCUGAAGAAAGUUGUACACCCUGCAAUCCAACCAAAAGCGGCCCAUCCAACUAAUUCAGUAAAGGAGCCGAUUCCGAAAUUGAUUGUUUCUACCAAACCAAUUAAAUUGGGUAGCUACAUCACUGGUGCACGUAAAGCACCUGUCACAGUUGCAGAAAACAGCGAUCAAUCGUCGGUCAAACCGGCUGAUCCAAUAAAAAGCACAAAAAUUAUCAUCAAAGGGAUAACAUCACAAGAUAAACGUUUGGUGGUCUGUGAAUCGCCAACUACAACUGAACCGUUGUUAGUCAGCCCACAAUCAAGUCCUCCAGUACUGUCGCCAAGGAUUGUCUUCGAGUCGACUAAAAACGAAUCGAAAGAAUCGCAAAACGAUAAUCAUCACACAAAGGAACCCGUUCAACGCAUGGAGACGCCCGAACCCAACGCAUCCGUUCCGGACGCGAGUGAAGAAAGUCGACCAGCGUUAAGUACGCCCCGCGCAAACCGUGAAAUGAAACAAUUACAAAAGACAAUGAAAGAAUCGAAAGUUAUAACUGACUGUGUCGCACUGACUGAUGCGACUCGUCGGAUAAAGCGGAAACUGAAUGAAACGGAUGGUAGUGAGGGCACGGCAGCAGUUACACCGCCAUCGGACGCAUCACAGCCGAAAAGCGAUGAAACGAAUGAGAGUGCGCCAAAGGACACCAAUCAUAUGACAUCGAUAUCGAUUCGACGGAAUACGCGCAGUUUGAAUGCCGAAUUUUCGGCAAAGCAGAAGAAAUUUCUGGCCGGAAUUCAGAAGCAUUCACGGGAUAGUGACGAGGAGCACAGUGACGACGAACGUGGUAGAGGUAGGAGGAAAAUUAGGAAAUCGGGGAAAAUGUUUCCGCCAUUGAAGGCCGGCUACGAUAAAUACUGUUGGCAAUGCCAUCAAAAUGAUCCGGUAAUUGCUUGUACUCAUUGCAAACGAACGUAUCACGUGGACUGUUUGAAGACCAAGCAACUGCCGAAAACAGAGAACCAGAAAUUGGUAUGGGAGUGUCCGGAAUGUGUGGCUUUGGAAACAUCCAUUAAAGACACCGAAAAGGCCAGAUACGAUUUCAAUCAACUGUGUACGAUGCUUGAUUUCGCACUGCAAAGAUUAAAGUCAACGUCAAAGUCGCUGGUCAUUCCGGGUGAUUCGGACAACAUUAUCCACUCCGUUAACUUCGACUCAAUGGAGAAGAAGAUAAUCAACAAGCAAUAUCAAUCGACGCAUUCAUUUCUCACUGAUUGCCGUUGGAUUCUGCACAACUGUACGAUCUACUACAGCCGCAACGUGAAGCUGCUCGCACUCGCCAAGUCAGUUUUCAAGAUUGGCAAGCAGGAGAUCUACGACAUUGAUACAUGCCACGAGUGCUACUACAAUGCCAACACCUGUAAAACGGAUUGGUUCGUUGAAAUAUGCUCCCGGCCGCACAUUCUUGUUUGGGCCAAACUCAAAGGGUUUCCAUACUGGCCGGCAAAGGUAAUGACUACCAAUCUGCAGGGAAUGGUGGACGUUCGGUUUUUCGGCGAUCAUGAUCGGGCUUUUGUGCCCAUUCGUGAAUGCUAUUUGUAUUCGAAGGAGCAUCCCAAUCCGAUUACGGUUAAAACGAAGCGGCAAAGUAUAUCACACUCGGUGGUGGAGGUGGACAAGUACAUCCAAAAGUUGACAGCGAAAUUUGGAUCAUUCAACUAUCCCGAAGUAAAAACGCUUUUCGAUCCAUUCAGAGAGGAAGAACAACUGGAACAAAUGAUUCCGAAUUAUCGGAGCCAUGCCAACGCUCUUGUCAACAAAAAGUGUACCAGUAAUUCGGAUCUGACCUACAAAAUUGUGAAAACGGCCGACAAUAAUCUGUCAAUUUUUAAGAAAAACGACAACAAUGUGCAGUCCCCGGAAGGUGUCCAUGAAAAAACGCAACCCGCAGAUCACAAGCAUGCAAAGUCUGCAACGAUCGAUGCUUUGGAUGAUCUAAAGUAUCAGGUAAUGAAACGAGACAGAGAUGCAUCGAGGGCGGGCGAUGGACGCGUUGAUUCGGUGAUUUUGAAAAGAAAAGCCGGCAGUCCAUCCUUCGGUGAAGUGGUUGUGGAAAAUCGGAAGAGAAUGAAAUUACUGCCAAGCAGUCGUCGAUCGUCAACACCAAUCCCGAUUGACAAUUCAAAAAACGUUGCAGCCAAAACAAUAAUCAAUCGAGAAACGCAGGCACCGAAAGCUAGUGAUGAUGAGCAGUCAAAGUCCAGUAGGUCCAGUGAAACACCUAGUAAGGAUGUGCUAUCGAAGACAAGUUCCAAGGAAGACCUGAUCUCAGCAGUUGUCAAGAAAUUGGACACACUGCAGGCAUUUGUGUCGACUAAUGUCCAGUCCAAUAAGAAAACCGAUAAGGAACUGUGUAACGAAAUUAGUUCGUCGAGUGAUAUUGUUGACCAGCCCAUGACAGUGAUACCACAACCACUAGAGCUGAGUGAAACAAUACUGGACAAAGGUAAAAGUGAUGAAGACGAAAAUCUGCUGGUGCCAAUGCAGAACAUUCAUGGCGUUUCCGAUUCAAAGAAGGACCUAAAAACGGCUGCGUCGAGUCGACAAGGAUCGAUGAGUGGAUCGUCAAUUCAAUCAGUUCCCGGUUCACUGGACGACCCAUACGAAAUGUCAAUAAAAGCCGAACCCUUAUCUGGCGACGAAAUGGACAAUUCUGCAAUGAAUUACGACUGUGCAGGACGGGUCAAAUCGCCGUUCAACAAUCCUUCGCAGAACGGUUCACAAGAUAGUAGUUUUUCGAAAAUUUCCGUCAAAAACAUCAAUUCAAUGACAAAGCCAUUGGAUCCAAUGCACCAGAGACAGGUGGCUGUUCGAAAGUUUCAAACGAACAAAUCGAUUUUGCGACCGGAAUUGGUGCGACAGCGAAGCAGGAAAAUGUUAAUGUCAACGAAACGACAAGUUCCAUCCAUGGCAACGUCUUCGAUAACAUCAAACAUUCAACAGCUCCAGCAACAACAGAAUUCACAAUUGAAGCAAUCACAGAAUAUGGUGUGCAUUCCAAUGGACCGCUCAAACUUCCAACGAAUAGAGUCAAUCAUGCUCAACAAUGUUCGUGGCACCACAACAGCUCAUGUCAAAACCAAUCCCCCACCAUUAACUGCAGUUUCAUCUACACCUUCCCUCACAGUCACACCGAAAGAUCUUAUUUCGAAGCCGAAAAACAGCAUAAUUUCAGCCGCUAACUCAACAAUCUCAUCAGUGGGUCCGCCACCUCUAUCAUUAACCACCGCACCAAUACCACGAACUGAACAAUCAUUCAACAGUUGUUUGAUCAACCAAUUGAAUACAUCGGAUAAUCUAGCUUCAGCCAUCACAGAUUUGAUGAAACACAACGAACCGAAACUGACUCCAAAACCCGUUGGACCGCUCCGAUUCGAGGGCACUCAAUUUCCAUCUGAAGCUGGCCCGUACUCGAAAAUGUUGAUCGACAAUUCGCACAAGUUUGCCGAUUUCUUUCGGUCCGUGUUCGAGGCAACGUUAACCGAUAUAGCCAGCAUGGGUUGUUCGGAGGCGAAAAUUCAAUUACUGGAAUUGGAAUUGGAACAGUGCAAGAUGACGCACGCCAAAGAGAUGGCCGAUCUGAAGUCCAGCACUGGCAUGAUUCUGAACGAAAUGAAAAAGAAUUUCGAGACUGAAAAAACGAAACUGAUCAACGAAACACGCCGGCAAUGUGAAUUGGAUCGGAUACGGGCUGUGGAAGACACAAAGAAGCGACAGUGGUGCGCUAAUUGUGGCAAAGAGGCUAAAUUUUACUGUUGCUGGAACACUAGCUACUGUGAUUAUCCGUGCCAGCAACAGCAUUGGCCGAGACACAUGACGCUUUGCAGUCAAACCGAUGAUAUCAAUGGGGGAAAGACCGAUUCCUAUGGCUCUAAGGCUAAGGAAUUAACACAACUACAAAGUUUGUCGUUACGGCACGCUACUAUUGCCAAGAAAUCUACAACUAUCCGCUCCAAUCAGCAGCUGGAGAGAUAUCACCAGCCGACGAGAUCAAAUCCCAUCAACAAAAAUCCACAAUUUCCGGCAGCUCACGUUAAGGUUAUCAAUCGAAUGAAUCCUAACAACAUGCAAAUGUCUGCAUAUCUUUCCAAUGCCAACAUUACUUUAAAAGCCAUUGGCAAUGUCAGCUCAUCGCCGGACUAGCAUGGUAGAAUGUAAAUUAUUAAUUAUUUAUUCGCUGUUUUACACAUUUCGAAUUUGUAAUCAGUGGAAAUAUAAAUCGUCUGAAUUUUAAAGAAAAGGAAAAAAAA